CAACCACGCCUCUUAUUAUUGAAUACUGAGGCUAGUGAACAUGAGAGACUACUGGGGCAUAACAUGGCUUGCCUUGGUUGUGGAAAAUCGGUUCGAAAAAUAAGACAUCAUAAUGUCAGUAUGGACUCUCCAUUGCUAGCUGGCCUAAUAUCGCAAAAUACUAUUAAUGUGAUGUCUCACACGGUGGUAAGGGGAAAGCCAAAUGCGGCUCAGCUCUACCUCGACUCUGUUCUGGACGCCAUACUGCUUGAACAGGGAAUCAAACCUGACCCUGAGCAGAGAAGCAAUGUGACGUUAUCACAGAUCCUGUUGUACUCUCUAAAACAAAGACCCAAAGAUGUGUUUAUGAUCAAUGCUGGUACUAAUGAAGUUAUUACAAACGAGCAGCUCCUAAAGCGCGCUGUCUCACUCGCACGCACGCUGACCGCAAUGGGUGGGAAAGGGAAGUACGCUUUCAUGAUGAUGAGGAAUCACCAGGAGAUGGCUGUGAUCUACUUCGCCGCGAUUUUUGCUGGAGUCAUCCCGUUCCUAGUGGAGCCUGCCUCUACUGUUUUCGAGCUGACCCACUUCCUGAAGCUGGUGGAGCCUAGCAUUGUAUUCUACGACGAGGAGUUUGAACAGGCGAUGCAAGAGGCGACGCGCGCCUGCCCCAAGUUGUUGACUACUUUGAUAGCCGCAGACCGUCCUGGAGUUAUUGACAACUUCAUUCGAGGCCAACCUGAUGAUAUAGCAAGUUUUCAAGUUACAGAAUCAUCAAUGGACGACCCGGUGAUGUUGCUACCAACUAGUGGAUCGACUGGUUUACCUAAAGCCACAAUCAUGACAAAUCGAGGACUGGUGGCGCAGCUUCCUUCCCCAUGGUCAUAUCACACGCAGUUCCCGACCCCCACCGGUCGUAUUCAAUGGAUGACGUUCACCAUGUUCACGACCGCAUCUACAGUCUACCACAUUCCGAUCCUCAUGUCCUCUAGAAAGAUUACUCCAGAACACGUCGCAGAGAUGAUAGACAAAUAUCGGCCAACGUUUACAUUCUUCUCGCCGGCGUUUGCUGCUUCGCUGCUGCCGUUGGUGACCUCUGAACAGUUGAGUUCGUUGGAGACGGUGAUCCUACUUGGAUCUCCUGUUAGUGAGCAGCAGAUGGCAGAGUUACAAGAAAAGCUGCCAAAGACAGCCCACUUGUGUGACGGCUACGGAACCACAGAGACACAAGGCUUCAUCGCAAUCCCUGACAGGGAGGCUCCCCUCAAGUGCAACGGGUGGGUCUUCAACUUCCUACACUACAAGAUCGUGGAUGAUGAAGGACAGGAGCUGGGGCAAAAAGAGUACGGAGAGCUGUGGGUGAAGGGAGUCAGCGUUAUAAAGGGUUACCACAAGAACGUGGCUGCCUACAAGGAGACAGUGACCGCAGAAGGCUGGUACAAGACGGGAGACGUGUUCUAUGUCGACGAGAACGAGCGGCUCUCAUUCGUCGUCAGGAAGAAGUUCAACUUCAAGUACAAGGGCUGCCAAGUGGCCCCUGAAGAAAUAGAGCGCGUGAUUUGUUCAGUACCAGGAGUGCAGGAGAGCGUGGUGUGUAGCUCCGACAGUGGGCCCGCGGCGGCCGUGGUGCUGCGGCCGGGGGCUGACGUCACCAGGGACACCAUACACACAGCCGUGAACUCCACUUUGAGCGAACACAAGCGGUUACACGGAGGGCUCGCGUUCGUGCCCUCCCUCCCUCACACAACCACAGGCAAGCUGAAGAGGAGCGAGUGCAGCCAAUUGAUGACACAACUCCUGAAAACCGGCCAAUGUUGCUAGCUGU